UUUCGACUUUACAUCCAUCCAACUAUAAACUGUCGAGUUCGAUUAGCAAAUAGACAACCAAUUCAAACGGUCAGGGGGCCAUUAUAAGAAACCUUUUUCUCAUAUUAUUUUCCAACUGCAAAACACAAUGGUUACAAUGCGGGAUGAUCGCACGCAUCCCCUCCUCGCGCAAAUCCCCCUAACCGUCUCCCCCUUCGUCUUCCUCCCCACAGCCGCCACCCUCCCCUACACAUACAAGGCCAUGCCGUCGACGCUGCCCCCGCCCGCGAGCGGCGUCACCGGCGCCACCGACGACAAGGUCAAGUACGUGGUGGCGGCGUCGGGCCACGCCGCGCACCCGGACGACAUCGUCGCGUCGUGCCGCGCCCUGCGCGCCCACAUCGACCGCGUCCAGGAGGAGUCCAAGCGCCUCCUGUACGACAUGCACGUCGCCAUCCGCAACCGCGAGCUCGCCGAGAAGCGCCGCGUCGCGCCCGGGUGGCUCGAUAGCGACGAGCGACUGCUACUGCCCGAGCGCAGCGGUAGCAGCAGCAGCGGUGGUGGUGGUCCUGCUGCUGCUGCUUUUCGUCCCGCUGAGGAGGCGGAGGCCGUGGACCGGUUUGCGGAGACGAGUAUUGCGGACCGCGACGGUGCUGGUGCUGGUAGUAGUGUUAGUGGUAGUGGUGCUGGGGGUAAGACGGCGGGGAUUAGCGAGAUGGCGGUUGAUCAGGGCGAGGAGUUAGACCGCGCGUUUGGGGGCUUGAGAGUAGAUGGUUGAAGAUGGGAUAGGGCAAGCGAAGAGGGGGGCAAGUGAAUUAUCUAACGGUUAGGCGUUUUAUGAGCGAUGCUCCGUGUCUUUAUAUUAGUUGUUGUACUCAUUCUUUAGGUGAGGGAUAGUAGCAUAGGGUUGGGGCGUUUGGGAUGGUGAUUGAAGACUAAUGGUCACAUUAAGAUACCAAAUUAAUUCAUAUCUAGCAUUUUAAAUCAACAAUUGUAUCUUGA